GGGGAGGUUUGGGCUUGUUUGGUGUUUAAAACUACUGGGAUUCCUCACUUUAUUUGGACUUCAAUUGUUGUUUGUUCAAUGAUUUUAGUUUUGUACUUAAUGUCUGAUUUCUUGACAUUUCUAUGGAAUAGUAAGGAUAAUGUUUCCUAUGGAAAUGAUUGAUGGUUGUUAAGCAUGUUUUUAUGAAGGGGAUGGUUACAGUAUAUAGCCUGGUUUUGAAUGAGGAGUACUAGGACAAUAGGUUACCAACUCAUAUACAUCAUCUUACUGGUAUAGAUUAUGCAAAUACAUUCUAUUCAAAUACACACAUCAUUGUUCAGUCAUUUGUUUUAGUCAUCUCUUAGUAAACAUGAUGGGGUUGGAUAUGAAGACUAGAACGUGAACUAGACUAGAGGUAGACACAGUUUGUAGUUGUACUGCCCACAUGUCUGUCUCUAUUGUGCUCUCUGUCUGCCUAAUGUUUGUCACCAUGGGGUCUAGUUUUCUGUGUAGUUGGAUGUAGGUUCUGCCUGUAUUGGCCCUGCGCUACAGUAGUGUACUGUAGCCUGGGGAUUUGAAGUGAAUGCCAGAGAGGUAGAGGGGACAGAAGGACAGUGGGGCAGCGGGUGCAGAGCAGAGUGCCAGGGCCUUACAGAUCUGACUAUAAAUACACACGUCAUGUGACACUUCCAGCCAUUGUUGUUAUUCUGGUUUGCAUGGCCUGGCUGUUGUGUUGUUCAGAAGCUUUUUAUAGAGCUUUUUAUCGUCCCAGUUACACUUCUGAGAUCUGAGCUGAAUAUGAAGAAUAGGCCUAUAAUCGGCUCUAUUUAACAGAAAUAUGAGAUUUGUAUGUUUUCACUACUUUUAAUUGAUGGCAAUGGACCAUAACAGUAGUGUGUCCCCCACGUGUUGUAGUCUGUGUGUGACUGUCUGUGUGACUGACUGUCUGACUCCCCUGCUGUAGUCUGCUAAUGCUGCUAGGUUUUGCUGGUGACAGUCAGUACCAUGGUGUCAGUCAGUUUAGCCUGUCUCAGCAGCCUGCCAGCCCAUUCUGUCUGGAUUAAGGCCUGGCUAUCUGGGACACCAUUGUCUGCUGGAGCGUCAUCGCCACCUCAGAUAUGCAGGCCUUAUGUAUGCAGCUGUUGAACAAAUGGAUUGGAAACACGCCUGCUCACAUAAACUGAGACGUUCAAUUCCGUAUUCACAACUCGGUCACUUCUUAGUGUGUGUGAUUCUGGUGAAGUUAUCUAGGAGUUUUACAGUGAGCUGUAACAGUGUUUGGAUGGGAGUCUGAUGGACAUCUGGAUCUGCUGAGGGAAGGAGUAAAUCCCAUGGCAGGAAGUGCUGAUGUGUGUAACAGUACUGAUCUUCCAGAGGUGGAGAUCAUCAGUCUGCUGGAGGAGCAGCUGCCCCACUACAAGCUGAGAGCAGACACCAUCUACGGGUAUGACCACGACGACUGGCUCCACACCCCUCUCCUCUCCCCCGAUACCAACCUGGACCUCACCGUCGAGCAGAUUGAGGAGACUCUGAAGUAUUUCCUUCUAUGUGCUGAAAGAGUGGGCCAGAUGACUAAGACGUACAGUGACAUAGAUGCUGUUACUCGUCUGCUUGAAGAGAAAGAGCGGGACUUGGAGCUCGCCGCCCGCAUCGGCCAGUCACUGCUGAAGAAGAACAAAACCCUCAGUGAGAGAAAUGAAUUCCUGGAGGAGCAAGUGGAGCACAUUCGAGAGGAGGUUUCUCAGCUGCGCCAUGAUCUGUCUAUGAAAGAUGAGCUUCUCCAGUUCUACACUAGUGCAGCAGAGGAGAGUGAAGGAGAUUCGUCCACCUGUACCCCCAUCCGCCACAAUGACUCCACACUGUUGGUGCCAAGUUACUUCCCCCUGGACUCACUGCAGAAGAAACUCAAAGACUUGGAGGCAGAGAAUAUCUCUCUUAGAUCAGAGGCCAGUCACCUGGAGACGGAGACAGAGGAGUACGAGGAGAAGGAGCAGCAGCUGGUCAACGACGUCGUCAAAGAGCUGAGAGAUGCCAACCACCAGAUGUCCACCCUGGCGGAGGAGCUGGCGAGGAAGACGGACGACGCGUCUCGCCAGCAGGAGGAGAUCACACACCUCCUGUCCCAGAUCGUAGACCUGCAGAAGAAGUCCAAGUCUUAUGCAGUGGAAAACCAAGAGCUCACCCAGCAUCUAGGAGCUGCCAAAGAUGCCCAGCGCCAGCUCACUGCUGAGCUGAGGGAGUUGGAGGAUAAGUAUGCAGAGUGUAUGGAGAUGCUCCAUGAGGCCCAGGAAGAGCUGAAGAACCUCCGGAAUAAAUCACUACCUCUCAGUACACCCCGACGCUUCCACUCCCUGGGCCUGUUCCCUAUGGACUCUCUAGCUGCUGAGAUUGAGGGCACCAUGAGGAAGGGGCUGGCUAUGGAUGACCCGGAAGUGGAAGAGCAGAAGUUGCACCCCAAGCGUGUGUUUGAGACUGUGAAAAACAUUAACCUGAUGCGUCAGCGCUCCUCUCUGGCCCCGUCUCCCAUGAACAUCCCCGGCUCCAACCGGUCGUCCUGUCUGAACUCUGGCCGCUCCAGCUGCCUGUCCACGCCCCGCUCCAGCCUGUACGGAGGAGAUAUGGGGAGCAUCCUCAUAGACAACCACACCAACAGCUUCAUACUGGAGACGCCUGACCAAAGUGCGGAUGAUUCCAACAAGAAACCAGGGACCCCUGGAACGCCGGGCUCUCAGGAUCUGGAAGCAGCCCUGCGACGUCUCUCCCUGCGGCGGGACAACUACCUGAGCGAGCGGCGCUUCUUUGAGGAGGAGAGGGAUCGGAAGCUCCAGGGGCUGGUGGAGAAGGGAGAGGUGUACAACGGCAGUAUGACCCCCACAGAGAGCAUCAUGUCCCUGGGAGGAACCCACCCCUCUUCCAUCUGGUCUGGGUACUCCUUCAGCUCCCGCUCCUACCUGCCGGAGAAGCUGCAGAUUGUCAAGCCUCUGGAAGGCUCAGCCACCCUGCACCAGUGGCAGCAGCUGGCCCAGCCCAACCUGGGUGGGAUCCUGGACACGCGGCCUGGUGUGGUCACUAAGGGCUUCCGUCCUCUGGAACUAGACCUGGAGCACAUGUACCUGUUCACUGACUUUGAGGAGGAGGACUUUGAGGUAGUAGAGGAGUCUGACCACACGUCUGUCCACAGCCUCUCUGCCUCAGGCUCUACCCCCGGCACUAGUGGCAUCUCCAUCCUCAGCCAGCAGGGCCUCCGUACCCGCUCCUCCUCCUGCUCCUCCUCCUGCAGCGGCAGAGCCAUCAACAACAACCUUCCAGAGGGAGGGGUUGGGGGUGAUGGAGAACCUAGGGAAGAGGGCGAGACAUUAGGCCCAGGCAUCACAUCACUGUUGUCCCCCGCACCUCCAGACAGAGAGAACCAGGAGAACCAGGAUCAGGCUGCAGCCGCUGACGGGGUGUCCGCCCACUACCCUGGUAAAUGCAUGUCCAACACCAGCUCCACCUAUACCUUCACCACCUGUCGGAUCAUGCACCCCUCAGACGAGCUGACCAGAGUCACCCCCAGCCUUAUGUCGGGCCCUACUGCCUUCUGCGUCAUGACCAGCAGCAGCAGCGUCAGAUCUACCCCCUGCUCAACCCCUUGCACCCCGCGCCGCCUCAGCCUGGCAGCCGAGUCCUUCACCAACCUGAGAGACUCCACCAAGACCAUGAGCACUAGUGGAGGUCUGGUGCGGCUCCUCCAGGAGCGAGGCAUCUCUGCAGCAGUCUACAACCCUCAGAGCUGGGACCGGGCAGACUGUAGCACCUCCAUCCCCACUGGAGGGGUACCGUCGCUUCUACCGCCGCGGCCCCCCAACACCCUACCCUUCAUGCCGCCCAAUUCCCCAACCCACCGCUCCCUCUGCGCCAAACCCAGCAGCCCCGUGGGCCCCUUCGACCUCAGUCCCAGCGCCCCCCCCUAUGACAACUUCCUGGCGUCGAAGCCGGCCAGCUCCAUCCUGAAGGAGGUGAGGGCAGAGGCCCGGAGCAGUGAGUCAGCAGACAGCGAGUGUCAGACUGACGUCAGCGUCCACAAUCUGAAGCUGGUGGACAAGCUGAAGCGCUUCAGCGUGGCUGGGGCCGGCCCCUCUUUAUCAGGGGCCACGGGGCCCACCAUGCUGGGGCCCCUCAGCGGCCUCCACCGCCCUUCCCACUUCUGCCCUUCUGUGGUGACCAGUCCCAUAGGGGGCCUCGGCCCCGCUCUGAACGCAGGCAUCCGCCGUAACCGCAGCUACCCGGCCAUGGUAGGAGCCGGCAUGGCUAUGAAGGGCCCGGGGCCCCACAGCCCCACAGACAUGCUCCUGGCUUCUUCCUCCAAGCUCCCCAGACAGACUAGUCUCAAUGAUGGGUGAAUGAAUGUUGACUUUUCUCUUCUGUCUGUCACCUGUCAGAUGAGUUGGAUGUAUAUAUAGCUGCUGUAUGAGGCCCCGGUCUGUGACAAAUCAACUCUGUGCCUGAAAGAGAUGCCCUUUCUUUUUACAGAACAUUUUGUAUCAAUGCUAAUUAUUUUGUCUUUCUUUCUCUAUUCUGUCUCGCUCUCUCCUCUCCUGUCCUCUCUUUCUGUAUUCUGUCUCUCUCUCUCCUGUCCUCUCUUUCUCUGUCCUGCUUUUCUUUCUCUGUCCAGCUUUUCUCUCUCUGUCUCUCUCCUUACAUCCCUCAGUAAAUAGUACCAUGAUGUGUUACUGUUUUAUUGUUGAUUGGCCCUGCAGAUCGGUAGGCUGAAGAACAUGUACUGUAGCACCUGUUAUCUGUUUAGGAAACGGAGCGCUUCCAAGCCCAGGUAAACUCAUAUUAAAGAUCUAUUUAUUUUAUUCCCAGGUCUAAACGUAUACAUGUAGAGAUAAAACACUGUCUCUUCCUGUUAAUUAGCCAAUGAGUGGCAAGCAGUACCAGGGAACGCACCUUAAGUGGUAUUUAGGGGUGUUCAGUGACAUCCAUGACAAUAUGCACAGAACUAAGACCUUUAUUGAGGAAAUGAAAUGUUGGAGGUACAGUAUUCAUACUACUAGCUAGCACAAUACUGGGCAACAACACAUGUUAUUCACCUCAGAGUUUAUCCAAAUAAAGAGUGGGAAGGAGCCACACUUGAAGCUAAGAGGGAUGCAUGGAUGUUUGCCGUGAAUGAAUAGGCUAUGGUUUGAACUUGGAUACAUUGUAACAGACCAACAUGAUUUAUAGACAUUUGUGUGCAGUGCGAGUAUGUGAACUUGUGUGUGUAUAAAGUUGUUGAAAGAUUUACCUAUAGGCCUAGAUAGCCUAAGAAAGGCUUGAGUCAUUUGGUUAAGGUGAUAAUCAGAUAUACAGGACAUUUCAACCAGGGCCCACUAACUGCUGUCUCCCAAUACAAAAGGUGUGUAGGAGAGUUCUCUGGGAGGGAUGCCGUUGACUUUUAUGAGAGAAACAUUAUACAAGUUAGAUUUUUCUUCUGACUUUCAUCUUUCUGGUAACAAGCUUUGGUGACUGAACUGUUAGCUUUAAACUAAAGCCACUGUACUGUAAAUGAAGAUGUGGAACGGAGAGAUGGAGGGAAUACCUCCUAGUGCCUCAUACUUGACAUACUUCCAUUGUUGUUGGACUGACUGAUCUCUGGUUCCACCCUGGUAUGAGCAGACAACUGCUUUGUGUUCUGAGGAUAUCCUCCUCGUAGGAGUUUUAACUGCAGAGAAGAUGAGCUCUCAUUACAUCUUGGAGAGAUGCACUACAUGUGUUGAAAUAAAGAAGAAACACCUAUUAUUUAUCAUUAAUCUCUGACAGAAGUAGAGAUUCAUCCUUGCUGACAUUGUGUGUAACUUGAAUGUCCUUUGAAUGUAUUGUUUAACAGCAGAAAAUAUUAUGUCCAUAUGUCUGUUGAUUUAAAUGAUGGUUUUACUGCAUUUCAACUACAAAGGGAAUUAUUAUUAUACUACUUGUACAUUGUAAAUGGUAUGUAUGCAAUGAAUUUAGCCAUGUUAACUAUUUUUUAAUAAACUAGAAAAUAUAUAUAUAUAAGGGACAAAAAUGUUGUUCAGGCAAUGAAGUGGUCAGAACACUGGUAUAAAAACAAAAAACAAGGGUUUUGUGUUCCGGAAUUUCAAGAGCACCAAUUUGCAAAAAAGGCUAUUAUCAAUAAAACAAUUGAUAUGA